AUGUUGCGCAGUCUGAAUUUGACCCGUUCCUUGCGUCUUUCCCGGCAUUUCCCAUCGAAUUCCUCAAGUCUUUCCAGAUUGUACGUUUUUUCUCCAUAAAUUUACGUUUUUCUUCCAUAAAUCGUGUCGUAAUGACGGAUUUUUUUGUUUAGUGUCCACAAAAUGCCAACCACCAGUUUGGAGGUUCCGGAGAAGCAGAUUGCGUGCGUUUUCGACAAGCAUAAUGGCCCCAUCGAGGUGCGCGAAAUCCCGGUGCCGGAGGUGGGAAAUAACGAUGUUUUGGUGAAGAUCCUCUACUCCGGCGUCUGUCACACCGAUCUGCACGCAUGGAAGGGGGAUUUCCCGAUCCCGGCAAAGGAACCGCCACUUGUCGGAGGCCAUGAGGGAGCUGGGAUUGUGGUGAAGAUCGGAGCUAACGUCAAGAACUUCAAAGUGGGAGAUCGUGCGGGAAUCAAGGUGAGUUGAGGUUGUUUUUGGAUUCAAUAGGUUAGUUAUGGUCUGUUCUUUUCUGGGCUACAAUUUUUUUGGACAUUCUUUUUUCGCACAGUGCAAAGAGCGUCUUUUCUUUUUUGCACUGUGCGGUGAAUAAGUUUGCUUUUUCUGCACUGUGCAAACGAGUAGUUUUGUAAAAUACGGGCAAUGCGAGUUUUUAGAGACCUUUUGGGUUGUAUUUCAUCUUAUUUCAGUUUAAUUGGGCUACUCUGCACAGUGCAGUAACCAGAUUUUGUCAUUGCACCGUGCAGAAAUUAAAAUUUUUGAAUUUACUACGUUCCAGCAGUCUAAUUAAAAAUCUGCCAAUUAGAAGUUGUAAAUUGAGCUUCCUUUCGUAUUUUACAACGAAAAUUUCUGUCUGGAAAGUCUCCUUCUAUUUGAUAUAGCCAUUUUUGUACUUCUCCUCCCAUUUUCUACAUUUUUAAAAUUUCUCUUAUUUUAGUGGCUCAAUGGCUCCUGUUUGGUCUGCGAACAGUGCCGCAAAGGCAAGGAGAAUACCUGCUCGGUGACCAAGCUCUCCGGCCUCACACACGACGGCAGUUUUCAGCAAUUUGCGGUCGUGAAAGCGACCGAAGCCACUCCAAUCCCCGAAGACUUGGACCUGGCCAAAGCCGCGCCCAUUCUGUGCGCCGGAGUGACCGUCUACAAGGCCCUGAAGGAGUCGAACGCCAAGCCGGGCCAAUUUAUCGCCAUCCCGGGCGCCGGUGGCGGCUUGGGAAGCUUCGCCAUUCAGUAUGCAAAUUCGAUGGGACUGCGAGUUGUGGCCAUUGAUCAUCCCAGCAAGAAGGAGCAUUGUCUCAGUCUUGGAGCUGAAGUGUUUCUGGACGCUUUUCAGGUAAUAAUUUCGGGGUUUUUUGACAAGGAAAGUACUUCUAUGGGGUGUGGAGCUACAGGUCGAGAUAUAUAUCAAAAAAUUCGCAAAAAUUUUCUGAUUCGGAAUAUAUAAAAAUUAGCUGCCUAAUUUUGGUCUACCUACGAGUUUUAUCAAUAAAUGUAUUUCUCGAGGAAAAAAUCUGCGGCAACAAAAGCGCGCUCGGUCUCUUCCUUCGGAAGAGAGCGGUGUGGCCGAGUGGUUAGAGCGCCAGAUUGGAAAUCCGAGGGGAACGGGUUCGAUUCCUUUUGCCACACGAGAACCCAUUUUUUACAUUGGAACUAGUUUUAAGUGUAGUUGUAAUCAAAUUUGAUAUUUUAAGGCUUGUCAAGGCUUCAGAAUUUAUUUUAGCACAAAAUAAAAUUUUUUUAUUGGUAAAAACGCGGCCAAAAAGACACUUGCAUGGUGUCGCGAGAAAACUUCUGAGGACAAAAACAUGUCAUCAGACCAAAAUUAGGCAGCUAAUUUUUAUACAUUCUGAAUCAGAAAAUUUUUGCGAAUUUUUUGAUAUAUAUCUCGACCUGUAACUCCACACCCCAUAGAAGUACUUUCCUUGUGAACAAAAUUUGAAAAGUGAGGGCUUAGGGGGAAAACGUGAAAUUUUAUGAAUUAUGGAUGAAAAACGUAAAGUUUGUGGGUGAGAAAAUGUCUUGAAUGACCCUGUGGCCCUCCACGGCUUCGAUUUCCGGUCGUUUACUUUCGAAAAGUCCCGUUUAUGGAUGAAAAACGGCAAAUUUUAUGCAAGAUUUACGUUUUUGCACAAAAAACUGAUUUUUUUGUAAAAUACGACUUUUUCUGAUCAUGAUUUGAGAGUAUAACGGCUAGAGGGACUUAUCGAAUCAAUGAGGUCUAGUUUGAUUUAGUUUAAACUUUUUUAUAACCAGAAAUUGUCUGUUUUCUACCUAAAUUUCCGAUUUUUUCCGGAGUUGGACGAUUGGGUACUUUGUGGAAACCGAAAAGUAUUAUUUUUCGAUACAAGUGUCGAAAUUAGGAUAGCCGAGGGCGCUGAUUUCGAAAAUGACAUUUUUUUUUUUGAUCCUUACUUUUUUUUCUUUCAGUAGUACUGUAAAGUGGUAAUUUUUUGAUUUUUUUACAAGUACUCGAUUUGGGGGGUUUCGAUUUUGCUUAUUUCGAAAAUCUUAUUCGUUUUUUCUGGUUUGAAAGCAGCACCAUCGAAAACCUCCAAAUCGAGUAUUCAUAAAAAAAAAAAUUAAAAAAUUCUACUUUACAGUACUGCUGAAGGAAAAAGUAAAGAUCAAAAAAAUGAAUGCCAUUUUCGAGAUCAGCGCCCUCGACUAUCCUAAUUUCGACACUUGCAUCGACGAAAAAUAAUACUUUUCGGUUUCCCCAAUCGUCUUUUCCCCCAAUCGUCCAACUCCGGAAAAAUUUACGGAAAAAUCGGAAGUUUAGGUAGAAAUCAGUGAAUUUCUGGUUAUAAACAAGUCUAAACUAAAUCAAACUAGGCCUCAUUGCUUCGAUAAGUCUUUUUAGACGUUAUACUCUCAGAUCAUGAUCAGAAAAAGUCGUAUUUUACAAAAAAAAUCAGUGUUUUGUGAAAAAACGUAAAUUUUGCAUAAAAUUUACCGUUUUCCAUCCAUAAACGGGAUUUUUCGAAAGAAAACGACCGGAAAUCGAAGCCGUGGAGGGCCACAGGGUCAUUCAAGACAUUUUCACACCCAGAAACUUUACUUUUUCCAUCCAUAAUUCAUAAAAUUUCACGUUUUCCCCGAAUCCCUCACAUUUCACAUAUUGCUGAAAAAAAACAUUUCUUUUAGGAGAAUUUGAUCGAUGAAGUGGUCAAAUUCACCGACGGCGGACCUCAUGCCGUCCUCUGUAUUGCCGCCCAAGACAAAACCAUGACCGAGGCGACGAAAUACGUCCGAACUCAGGGCACCGUCGUCCUAAUCGCCCUCCCGAAGGACGGCCAUUGCAAUGUGAACGUUUUCUGGGCCGUUGUGCGUUGCAUCACGGUCAAAGGAUCCUACGUUGGCUGUCGACAAGAUGCAAUUGAGGCGUUGGACUUUUUGAAGAGAGGAAAAAUCGAUGUGCCCAUUGAAAUACUGCCCUUGAAGGAGCUGCCAAAAGUCUUUGAACGCAUGGAAAGCGGUGAAUUGAAAGGAAGAGUGGUGCUGGACCUGUGGAAGUAG